AAUCGAACAUUAAUCAAUCAACCAAACUCCCCAUAAGAACUCACUCCAUAGUCCAGAACUUUGGGAUCACAGCAGGCGGCGGCCCCGCCAUGUCCACGGCCAAGAAGAGGCCGAACCAGCCUCUCCUCUCCGGCCCCUCCGCCAUCUGCCACCCCCUUGUUCUCCUCUUCUUCCUCGUCUCCUCAACCCUCUCAGUUUACUUCCUCUUCACCUCUUCCCUCCGCAGCAGCUCCAACCUCAACAAGAACACCGCUCCCCUGUUCAUCAUUCCUCAGCCGCAAGUGAUCCCAAAUCAUGGAAAUGGAAAUGGGUCUUCGAGAACGGAAUCCCGUCUUCUUCGUCUUCCCGGAAACCCCGCGAAGAGUCCUGCCAUGGCAGAGGAAGAACCAGGUCCGUACCACAAUUGGGAACAAUUUGCCGCUGAUUUCCAAGAAAUGAUGCGCAGCUUCAAGAUUUAUGUGUACCCUCAUGCCCUGAAUUCCUCGUCUGCUUCUCCAUUUGCCGACAUUUUCCUCCCCCACCCAAAACCGACCAACCCGAAGCUUGGGAACUACUUCAGCGAGCACAUGUUCAAGGUCUCCCUUUUGCGGAGCUCCCUGAUCACUCCCAACCCGGAAGAAGCCCACUUCUUCUUCAUGCCCUUCUCCAUCAACAACCUCAGGAACGAUCCCCGGGUUCGCUCCGGGGAGUCGAUCUCGAGGUUUGUUGCAGACUACACGGAGAGAAUCAGCAGAGAGUUUGAGUUCUGGAAUGCCUCCCUUGGGGCUGAUCACUUCUAUGUCCACUGCCACUCUGUUGGUAGAAUGGCAGCUUCCCAGCACCGUACUUUGCUUAACAAUGCUAUUCAGGUAACUUGCUCAUCGAGCUACUUCCAGAGGCUUUAUGUGGCUCACAAGGACGUUGGCCUCCCACAAGUCUGGGCACGCCCAUCCGUGGACGUUUUGACCCCUCCAAGUAAAAGGGAUAAACUCGUUUUCUUCUCAGGAAGGAUCCAAAACUCACAGGUUCGUCAAGAACUGAUCACUCUAUGGGGAAACGACACUUCCAUGGACAUAUUCUCAGGAAGACCACCUUACCCGUAUGAGGAGGGCUUCAAGAGAAGCAGAUAUUGCCUCCACGUUAAAGGUUAUGAGGUGAAUACAGCAAGGGUCAGCGAUGCGAUUAAUUAUGGAUGCGUCCCUGUUAUAAUCUCGAACUACUAUGACCUUCCCUUUCCUAACAUUCUAGACUGGAGCAAGUUCUCAGUGAUAAUCAACCAUGGUGAGAUCAAAUCUUUGAAGAAAAUUUUGCAGUCUAUACCAAGAAAGACGUACUUAAGUAUGUAUGGAAAUCUGUCCCCUGUUAGGAGACAUUUCAUUUGGCAUCAAAAACCGACGGGUUAUGAUUCAUUGCACAUGACUGCUUACCAAUUGUGGCUUAGGAGAGGUACUCAUCGUCUCUUGCAGUGAACAUCGGUCCCUUUAUGUAGAGAAAAAAAGAGAAAUCAUAAUUUUAGCUGUGUUUCAGUUGAUAUAAGCUAGGUCCAGAAUUUCGGAUGCAAGUUAAUUUAUGAAGAAAUAGUUCAGAUCUUUUCAGCUUCUUUGCUGCUCUCUUCAUGUUUCAUUCUGUUUACUUUCGGAGUUGCAUCAUAGGUAUGGAGUGGUUUUGAGGAUAUAGCUCCCCAAUCGAACUCUUGCAUCAUUCGUAUUUGAGUCAAAAUCAAGUUUACGGGUCCUUUCCUAUUAUGUCACUUUA